CACAAAAGUCAAAGACCAUUUUUAUUGACCUUGAAAUGUCACCUGAUAUUCUGUAUCAGCUCAGCUGUCAAUGUUAAAUUUGUAAUCGGUGUGAAAUCUUGAGGUCCCUUUAUUUAUUUUAAGUAAAAAUGAAUAUGAAUACUAUACGGGAACUAUCAAAAGUUGCACUCCGUCAAGCCAGUACUAAGCAUGUUCUUCCGGCACUACCUUAUGACUAUGCUGCUUUGGAACCAAUUAUUUCAAGGGAUAUUAUGAAUAUCCAUCAUACUAAGCAUCACAAUACGUACAUUACUAAUUUAAACGUUGCUGAAGAAAAACUAGCAUCUGCUGUUGAAAAGGGUGACAUCAGCACUGUAAUCUCUUUGGCACCAGCAUUAAGGUUUAAUGGUGGUGGUCAUUUGAAUCAUUCGAUAUUUUGGCAAAAUUUGAGCCCAAACAAGAGUGACCCCAGUGCACAACUAUGUGCUGCUAUUGAUGAGUCUUUUGGUAGUUAUGAUAAUAUGAAAAAACUACUAUCUGCUCAAACUACAGCAAUUCAGGGCUCCGGAUGGGGAUGGUUGGGCUUCUGUCCCACUUCAAAAAAACUAAAAAUUGUCACAUGUGGUAACCAGGACCCAUUGCAGGCCACCACAGGGCUAAUUCCUCUCCUGGGUAUUGACGUUUGGGAACACGCUUAUUAUUUGCAAUACAAAAACGUCAGGGCUGACUAUGUAAAUGCAAUUUUUGAUAUUAUAAACUGGAAAGAUGUUUCUGAAAGACUACAAAAGGCUAGCUCCUAAAACUGCAAAAUUCUGAUAGCUGAUUAAGGGUACCUUUUUAGAUUAGUUUGUCUCGCGAAAUAUUUUUUUGUUAAUUUUUAUUUGAAUAAAAUUUUUAUUUAGAAA